CACCUUUUGUGCUUCAAAUAGAAACAUAUUGAAAAAUACUAAAAUGGCAUUCAAAUUCAUCGUCGUCCUUGCUUUGGCUUCAGUUGCUAGUGCUGGUCAUUUGGCUGUUGCUCCAGCUUAUGCUCAUGGAGGUUAUGCUCACGGAGGUUAUGCUCAUGGAGCUUACGCUGUCGCUGCUCCAGCACCAGCUUACGUCAAAACUAUUGCUGCUGCCCCAGCUGUCCUUAAAACUGUUGAAUAUGAAGCCCCAGCCCAAUACGAUUUCUCUUAUGGAGUAAGCGAUCCACUUACCGGGGACCACAAAAGUCAGGUUGAAUCUCGUCAUGGGGACAAUGUUCACGGAUCUUACAGUUUGGUAGAUUCCGAUGGAUUCAAACGUACUGUUGAAUACACUGCUGAUGAACAUAAUGGAUUUAACGCUGUAGUCCGUCGUGAACCUUUGGCUCAUGCUGUCGCUGCCCCAGUCGCCAAGGUGAUUGCUCCAGUGGCUCAAUACGCUCCAGUUGCUAAGGUAGUUGCUGCUGCUGCUCCAGUUCACUAUGCUGCUGCUCCAGUUGCAUAUGCUGCCCCAGUUGCCAAGAUCGCUGCUCCUGUUGUAGCUGCCCACUAUGCUCCCUCAGUUGUUGCUAGUGCUGGUCACUACGCUCCAGCUGCCUACACCGCAUAUGGCGCUCAUGCAGCUCAUGCUUACCACCAUUAAAAAGAGAAAAUAGACGAUUGCCUUAGUUUUGUUAAUAUGUAUUUAUUUUUUUUAAAAAUAAAUGAAGCACUCUGCAAAUAA